AAACAUCUCGAUCGAUCUCACUCCUUGAUUCUUACCAAAUUCCGCUCUGUUCACCUUGUUGGAACAAAGCCAGAACCAGGUUUCUCACUUAGACUCAGCAGUCUCACAUCAAAUCGAUCUUUCAGUUCAUUUCACUCAUAUCCAGGAGAUUUUAUCGGCAGGAACCAAAAAAAUCGUCUUAGAUUAACUUUACCGUCAAAAUGUUUUACGCAAAGACUGCCAUUACUGCCGGGCUCAUUGCCACGGUCAACGCUCACAUGAAGAUGAACAGCCCUGCGCCCUUUGAUCCCGCAUCACUUAACAACAGCCCUCUUGACGCCAGCGGCAGCGACUUCCCUUGCAAGUUCGGCAAUGGUUACUCGGCCACGGGUGGUACCGUUAACUCCUACGCGCUUGGAUCCCAGCAGACCCUUUCGUUCAUCGGCCAGGCCACGCACGGAGGUGGUUCUUGCCAAGUCUCGAUCACCUACGACACCGCGCCGACCAAGGACAGUGUUUGGAAGGUGAUCCACUCGAUCGAAGGUGGCUGCCCCGCGAAGGGCACGAGUGGUAACUUGGGCGAGAGCGCCGAUGCUGAGGACCCAUACACCUACCCUUACACCAUCCCCAGCGACAUUCCGGCGGGCAAGGCGACCAUUGCUUGGACGUGGUUCAACAAAGUGGGCAACCGCGAAAUGUACAUGAACUGCGGACAACUCGAACUCACCGGAACCGGAGGUACUCAGGACAACUUCGACAAGCUACCAGAUAUGCUCGUGAUGAACAUUGCUGGUAAGCCCACGACCCUGGAGAGCUACGACUACAAAUUCGAGAACCCCGGCUCCUCCGUUGAGGACAACACCAGCGGUAGCCAAGUUGCCACCUGUGGUACCAGUGGCUGCACAGCAGGAGAUACUGCCCCUGUUGUUAGUAUUGGAGCAGGCUUGAACGUGGGAUCAGGAUCAGGAUCUUCAGCUUCGGCGGGAUCGGGAGCGGCAUCGUCUUCUGCCGCAGCCCCGGCGGCUGGUACUUCUACCAGCUUUGAUGGUGGUGUCUUCCUCACUCAGCCCCUGUCCGGAUCGCCUGCGACCUCGACGGCACAGGCUGCCCCUACCACUGCUACCCAGGCUACUCCUACCACCGAAGCUGCUGCUACCACUCCUACCACCCUAGCUACAGCUACUUCCGCAACCCAAGCUGCCCCUGCACAGACCUCCGCAGCCAGCAACGCUGGUUCCGGUACCGGUUCAAGCACUGGCUCCGGAGCCGCCAUGUCGGGUGCUUGCACCGCUGAAGGCACCUUCAACUGCAUGGGAUCCAGCUACCAACAGUGCGCCUCUGGCCAGUGGUCCGUAACGAUGCCUCUCGCCGCCGGAACCUCGUGCAGCGGGGGCCAGAGCAUGUCGCUCAGCAUCGCCGCCUUGGCCGGAAAGGUGAAGCGAUCAGGCCGUGCAUUCCGCGGUUAAAGAACCCCUCCCUUCCCACCCACAAUCUUUUUUUCUCUACAUAUAUCCAACUGCACACAUUUCAUGGCCGCUUUCUUUUACACACGGGUAAAAAGAGAGAGAAGGAAGAUGAAAACAAAAAGGGAUGUGUCAUGAUAACGAUGUGUUGAAUAUUUAGCAUGGCAAACUUUAAGGGAUAUAUCCACGGGGUUCUUUUUCUGUCUGUUCCUUCUCCCUAUGGCCCGGCGCGCAUUUGACCGGAGAGGGGGGUUUUCUUACUUUUUAUACAUCUUUGUACCAUUACCAAUUCUUCUGUACAUAUCUUCAUUUGAUUUUCGAGAGAUACCUUAGGUAAAUACAAGGCUACCUAUUCAUGACCUAUACUAUAUCGAGCCAGGAGGUAAAUAGCCUAUUAUGGUGAUUGGGGUGGUAAAUACGUGGUGUAAAGGUCACAGUAAGAGGAUUGGUUCAUCAACCGGUCGUAGAAUGGUUUUAUAGAUAAAUGGAUUCAGUAGGUACUCUAGAAAUACAGUAUAUAGUGACAAAAUGGCAGGUCUAUCAUUCACUAUCAAGUAAAGUUUUAUCGUGAUUUGUGUCGUUCAUAUAUGUAUGUUAGGUAGUUCUCACAUGAUGAUGGCAAUAGGGGAAUAAGGUGAAU